AUGCGUUUCACUGCAGCUUCACUAGUGACUCUCGGGCUACUUGCCUCUGCUCUGGCUUUUCCGGCCCCGGCCAACUCUCUUGGAGUUCGUGAGCCAUCCAAGGAGAAAUACGAUGUCUACGAUGUUCCCGACAAGCGGUCCAAGGAGAAGUACGAUGUCUACGACGCCGUCGACAAGCGGUCCAAAGAGAAGUAUGAUGUUUAUGACGUCCUCGACAAGCGGUCCAAAGAGAAAUAUGAUGUUUAUGACGCCCCUGACAAGCGGUCCAAGGAGAAGUACGAUGUGUACGACGUCCCCGAUAAGCGGUCCAAAGAGAAGUAUGACGUUUAUGAUGUCCCCGAGGAAGAGUAA